GAGAGGACGCGCAGCGUGGCUCUGCCCCUUUCUGCGCGGCGCCAGCUCGGUGGAGUGAGCCGAACCGAGCAGUUUAGCCAAGCCAGUGGAGCUGCGGUGUGUUGAUCCUGUUGUUGCUGCCGCCACCGCGUGCGCGGUGACCCGCGACCCCAGACCCCGUCUACCUUUGGCUCGGCCCGCGCGCCCCAGGCCUGGCCCGGGCGGCGCGACGGGAGGAUGAGCGGCGGGCGGCGGAAGGAGGAGCCGUCUCAGCCGCAGCUGGCCAACGGGGCCCCCAAAGUCUCUGUUUGGAGCAAGGUGCUGCGGAGCGACGCGGCCUGGGAAGACAAGGAUGAAUUUUUAGAUGUGAUCUACUGGUUCCGACAGAUCAUCGCUGUGGUCCUGGGUGUCAUUUGGGGAGUUUUGCCAUUGCGAGGUUUCUUGGGAAUAGCAGGAUUCUGCCUGAUCAAUGCAGGAGUCCUGUACCUCUACUUCAGCAAUUAUCUACAGAUUGAUGAGGAAGAAUAUGGUGGCACAUGGGAACUCACAAAAGAAGGAUUUAUGACAUCUUUUGCUUUGUUCAUGGGUCUUACUAAGUUGCUUGGGCUGGCCUCAUACUUUCAAAAGUCCUCUUGCCUCAGCCUCCCAGUUGAGAUUACAGGUAAUCUGGAUCAUCUUUUACACUGCCAUCCACUAUGACUGAUAGUGGACACCUCCCAUCUGUUUCCUGUCCAGUCCAAAGGACCCUCUAAUAACAGCACAGAAAAAUGAUUGUUGGGGCACCCUGGUCACAUGGAACCUGAAGACCCAUGUUUCCUGGACCAAGAAUUAGGAUGUUGGGCAGCAGUGUUUUCUACAAGGGCUGUGACCCAAAACUUUGUAAAGAACCAAUCUGCUUUGGGGAAAGCAUUUCUGAAUUUAUCCGUCACCAACUGUUUCUUGGAUACCAUCAUGUAACAGCCAUUUGCCAAGUGGAGCUGUCAUUUAAUUUGAUGCACCUCUGAAUCCGGAUGAAACAUUAAAUUGUCUUCCUCGGUUCUCUAUCCGGUGUACAGUUUUUAAACUAUCAGUGGCAUUUCAAGUCUUCUGAAACCAGUAUGGCAGUACAUUUAUGGUCCAUAGCACAGUACAAACAGCAUCUAAUGUUCCCACUGUAGAAUGCUUUCAGAUACUUGAAUAAACAAAUCUUUAAUGAGAA